ACGCAGCACCUUAUGCGCUCUGGUGAAGCCUGUGGCUCCCACUGCGGACAGAUGAGGUGGAAGCACUCGGAUCACAGCGGCAGGUUGGAGGGCUUUAAGUUUCUGCAAAUUGAUUUGACUGUUGAGUUCUCUCCAAGAGUCUGGAGGUGAGAAGAUGUGAGUUUGUGCACGUUUAGUUAAUGGACAACAGCAUUGUGGUUGAACUUUGUGCAACAAGUUACGUGCAUGCUUUUACAGUUUUUUGUUGGUGAAGUAGAGCAUCAUCAAGCCUCUAGGUCACCAACCAGAUGUGCAGUUCUUUCAACGCAACUUUUAAUAAAUUGCAUGCUUGAAGAGACCGACCUCCAGCAGAAAACAAUUUGUAUCAAGUAGUAAAAGCACAGUUUUCUUCAGUGAGGCAUCGCCACGGGGUUUAACUACCAGAAGCGUGCACCUCUUCUCGGGCUCUUCGGGAUGUCGUCCACGGCCCUCCUCCUCGCAGCGCUCGGCGUUUUUGCGCAUCUGGACACUUUUACGCACGGGUGCCAGCUCCCUUCCGAGUGGCGGCCGCUAAGCGAGGGCUGCCGGGCGGAGCUGGCGGAGAUCAUCGUGUACGCCCGGGUCCUGGCGAUCCACCGGGAGCCCCUGGGCGGCGGGCCGGGCAGCCUGUACAACUCACUGCCGGUCGGGUUCGGCUAUGGGUACGAGGGCGCGGAGGAAGGGCUGCUGUACUCUGCGGAGGUGGAGUUGCUGUGCGAUCAGGCCUGGGGCAGCAUGCUGGAGGUGCCCACUGGAUCAAGGCUCAACCUGACCGGACUGGGGUACCUGUCCUGCCAGUCCCACACUGUGAUGGAGAACUACUCCUACUUCUUCUUCCUCAGGAUGGAUGACAACUACAACAUCCUCCCCCAUGGGGUCAACUUCCAGGACGCCAUCUUCGCCGACACGUCUGACAACCGGCGUAUGUUCUCCAGCCUCUUCCAGUUCUCCAACUGCACCCAAGGGAGUCAGCCUUUCCACACCUUCAGCCCGGAGUGGGACACCCAGGAGGACAGCAGGCUGCUGUGCUCCUCCGUGCAGGCCGCGCUGUUCGAGGAGGAGGAGCGGGGCCGCAAGAUGCAGGAGCGGCUGGCCGCGGCGGAGAGGAGGAACCGGCAGCUGAAGGAGCGCGUGCGCAAGGUGAAGCGCUCCCUGGGGAACGCGCGCAAGGCCGCGCGCAAGGCCGAGCAGGAGGCACGCGAGCUGCAGGAGAGGCUGGAGGCCGCGGGCCGGAGGGCGGGGCAUCACCUCAACGCCAUAACGCAGGAGGAGCCGCCGCCCGGGCGCUACGUCAGCACGACGAUACGCAAGAGGAUGCAACUUUAACGCAACCCCACCCCCCUCUGGCCCCGCCCCCCAAAACCGUCACCCACCUGGACUGAAAACUGUCCGUGGAGAGCGAGAGACUGCUGGGCGGUCUCCAUGUAAGGGGCAAAGAAAUAGCAACUGUCACAUAUGAGUAAACACACUUUUAUUAAGUAAUAACUGACAUCGUCUUCCACGCCUUCUGUCUUGUGUAUCCCUGCUUGCUAUAUUAUCAGAAUCACCUGUAUCAAACAUGUAUCGACUGAUUCCACUUGCCUCUCUGCACUCGUCUCAGGCCGCGAUCACAUAGGAUGUGUUUGGUUUUUGCUCCAACAAGCCCGACUGUGGCCGAUGGCCAAAUUACGGACUAGGAAUGUUGUUAAAGGGCCAAUGGGUUUGAACACAUUUGAACAGUGGUCCCCUCAACAGAAAAUGUUCCACAUUGGGGUCAAAGGACAUCCAGGUAGGAGGAGGCGCUCGGCAACGCUGGAAACUAACGUUGAUACGGUUGAAUUUAAUGGAAACGUUGAGGUUGUAGGCCAGUAAACAAACAAAAACAAUGAGCUGAAAGAAGCUAAAAGAGGAUGACGGGCAUUUUUGUGAUAAUACUCACUAUAAGAAACCCAUUGCUGAUGAGAACAUAUUAUUUCCAGCAGCUUUAAGUAUUUGAGUCUGUUAGGUUAUCCAGCUUUUUGAAUCCAAAAACAACCAAACUGAACUCAAAGAUGCCUUCCAUGUCACCGCGGCCUGGCGAAGCAAUGGCAGGAAAUAUUCUGUUUCAUUUGAACGAUGUCAGACUGCUUCUGUGACACGACAUCAGUCUGAGAAUGAGAAUACGGGGGUGGUGGGGGUGAUGAGAAGGUGCAUUUAUCAUUUGCUUCAUUUGAGCUGUUUAAAGUCGGAAGCGUUGGCUUGUACGUGGGUAUUUUUGUUGUGUCGAAUGUUUUCCUGCAUAUUAAAUUGAUACCUGGAUGAACA